GCUGGUGUAGGCGACUGCAUGCUGGAUAAAUGCAUGGCGCAGGAACGAUGGUGUGGUUUCAAAUGUACUGUUUAACAGUUACACGGCUAGAAAGCUUCCGUUUUUUCAAGUAUGUUUGUUAGUCCAGUGAAAAUGAACGGAAUUAUGAAGCUAGUGGAUGAUACCAGAAACAACCUGCUUUUAAUCAGUAAAAAAGCGGAUGGUCGGUUUAACAUGAUCUCCAAAAUGGACUUCUAAUAUGAAGGUCACGUCUCCGUGUAGAACUUGAGAGGGAUUAUCGAAUCUAGUGUUUUGAUUUGAAAGCAACUUGCUCAGAGUCAGCCGUAGGGCGUACGUGUGUAUGAUCUCCGAAAUAAACUUGGAAAUUUGAGAACUCUUGUGAUAUAAGUGAAAUCUGUGUUCCGGUGUUGAGUAUAGGAAAAGGAUUUCUCGAACACCAUUGACAAGAUGACACGGCGGACGACCAAAGUUAAGCGAUGCUGCAAGAAGUUCUUCUCCUUCGUGGCGAUGGUGAAGGCCGUCAUUGCCAGGUUUAUCUUCUUCCUUCACGGGUUGGUAGCGAUAUGGAGAGUGUCAGACAUCACAGGGGAACCUCUCUUCUGGAUAUUAGCAAUAGCAUUACUGGCCCUGAUAGCCGAGUUUAUCGUCUCGCUAAAGUUCAAAGGAGCAAACGAAUCGAAAUGGUUCUCACCAGUGGUCCUCCUGUACCUGGCGUCCGUGGUGCCCGCCAUCUGGUUCCUCGAGCUUGACUUGAUGAAGAAGCGGAUCCUUGUCAGAGACAUGGAACAAGCCAACAACGGUUCGCUCGACCUGCCAAUGGUCAGCGCUCUGGGGAAACCAGCGCUUGAGUCCGAACACGGUCAGCCUGUCAAUGACACCAGCGGUGAGGAUUUGGAUCACGCAGAGGGACUUUCAGGCAUACACGCCCUGGGACUGGACAUUCACAUCCCAGUCGUGAUGGCGCCGAGCGAGUGGGCAAAGAUCCUGGAACAACUUCUUAUGCUUUUCCUCAUCGUAGGAAGAUGGCUGCUUCCCAAGGGGGACCUGACACGUGACCAACUCUCGCAGCUCUUAUUGGUCAAUAUUGGAAUGGCCGCUGACAUCAUUGAACUAUUCGAAGCAUUCAGGGAAGAAAAUGUGAAGUAUAAUAAAUCGUUGACGGUUGUGAUUCUGUCGCUUUGGACGUCGAGUUUGAUGCAGUUUACGUUGAUAAUGACGGCGACAAAGGCGCGGAAGACGCGAGUGGCCAUGACCCGAACUGAUGAGGAGGAUGGUAAUGUGCGCUGCUUCUGUUGCGAGACCGAAAUAUGGGCCAUCAUGACUGUCCUCUUCCUACAAGACGUCCCGUUCCUCUGUCUCAGGAUGACACUCAUCUUCCAUUUCUCAGUCGUCAGUUAUAUGAAUAUAUUUUUCACAUGUAAAAACUCGUUGGUUAUCAUGCUACAGCUGUAUCGUAUAGGCGUCAUCCAAAUGGAAGAAACCAAGAAAAUAAAGAAGAAAAAACGUGGCGAGAUCUCAGACAGUGACGAUGAUGAGUCGGGAAGCUAUAUGAACAGGUCCUAUCCGCACAACCUGAACGCGUGUCGCGGACCACCGCCUCAAGUCACAAUCGUCGAAAACAAUGAAUAUGAGCGCAAUCCCGCGGUAAAACCAGUUUUGAAGAGGAGUUAUGGUUCAAAGGAGGAUGCCCUAGACUCGAGUGAGGAUAUUCCAACGCGACAGGGGCCGUAUUUCCGCAGGCCCCCAAACCCGUACCGCGAGUCUACUCCUCCGCCGAGAGGCGUGACCGCUAAGAAAAAUAAGGUCGGGGAGAUGAAUCCGGGCAUGAGCGAGCCCCCGGGCUGGCUGGCUACGGGCGAGGACAGCCCCAGUCCGGUGGUCAGGGAGAAGCUCCCGGAGAAUCAUGCCAUGGCAGAGUUGGACAAUGCCAUAUCAGAGUUACAAAACAUUCACGCUUCCAUCGAUAUCAAAAAUGGGAUUAAUAAUGCCAACAUGAACAAUGCGGCCAAUGUGUACGUAGUAGGGAAUGAUACUGAUUGAUGGCGGGGGUAGGGCAGCCAUCAUAUCUAGAUGGGGUCACCUGACUUAGAGGAAGAGUUGUUCCAAUCACGUUUUACACUGCAACUUACCUCAGUCCUACAAGAAUGCCAGUGGUAUGCAAAAUAAAAGCUACUGGUCACAGCUAGCUGAGUCAGGAGACGGGAAUUCACUGAGAACAUCCAUUGGUAGGCCUACAGGCGACUGACGUCGAGGCUUGGAGAGACAGGUCAAGUUCUUGAUGAACGGCAAUUAUCUACUUAACGUUAACGAUUGAACAACUCUGCCUGGUUUAUGCUCAAAGUUGUGCAGCAUCUCGGAUUAGGAACUUCGAUCAUGGCGCAUUCUCGGCGCAUAUUUGUCAGUUGGGGGAGUUGUUGUUUAUAACGUUAGCUACAUAUCAAGAGUUACUUGCCACAACAUCAUUUAAAUAUGUAAAUAUUGAGUUAAAUAUAAGGUAAUGAGAACAAUAAGAUUAGUGUAGAAUAGGUCAUAGUAUGUUGUGGUGACAUUGAUAGAAAGACAUAAAUGAAUUGAAUGUUGAUGAACAGCAGCUUAGCAAACUAAUAAAGGGAGGCAGUCAUAUUGGAUGUAUGCAUUCAUAGGCCAACGUUGGAAAGUAAUGAAUGAUAUAGGAGCUUAGCUGAUAUAGGACAGCCUUGAAGACACUUCUUAGUCUAUGCCAACUCUGUAAGAUUCCUCACGCUUACAAGACAGAUAGAGACUUUAUCUUCCGCUUCAUUAACCCUCUCCUUCUCUCAUUGUCAUGGCAUCGUCAUCUACAAGUUAUUCCACCACCAUGAUUGCACAUUUCCAAUGAUCAAAGUUCGACGAAGCUGUCAUAUUGCACAAAAGUUUAAACUUCUGUGACAUUCAUCGACCAUGGCAUUACUCAUCAGCCUUCUUUCAUCUCACGUACAUGUAUAGUUCAUUAUUCAUUUCACUCAUUACUCUCACUUUAUCUGCUAAGAUUGGCAAGCCGCCGGAAUAAGACCUGGUAUACAGCCACCCCUUCUUCAUCUUCUGACGCCUUCAAAUCUCUGUAGAAAAUUCCAUUGAGAAAACAUACCACGUAUUUCCCGCGGCUCAAAUAAGACUAUUUGAUUUGGCUCCUUUGCUAGUGAGAAAGAGACUUUCAUCUCAUGAACGAACCCCGUGACAUCUCAAAAACUCAUCAGUUGCUUUCAUCAACGCAUCCAUAUGUCUAAACUCGUACCGUAGGUCGAGGUUGAAUAAAGGAGAUGUAUGUUUAUUUGCUCA